UCGCAUUCUAAAGGCGAAUUUUUGUCUGUUUUGUUUGAAUAACACCUAAAUUCAUCGACUUUCACGCUCAGGAGAUAAUUAACAAGUUCUUCGGUACGCCAUCGGAGAUGAUCCUUGUGUUGCAUCUGACACCCAGUGGUCUGCUGGUGCCCUAUCUCGAGAUAACGCAAUCCAAGAAGAAGGUGUCGUACUUCGUAAAGAGAAAAGCUCAAACGGUCACCGAAGUUAAUGUCAGGGAGUUGUUGAUACCUGGCGACAUGGCGCCAAACCCUAUCGAAGAAUUGGCAGUGCUCGUUGAAGACGCAUAUGUACCUAUAUUGUCUAAUCCAAAAAACCACGUUGGAUGGCCGGAAGUCGUGCGAAAGGAUGUGAAGAAACAAGUAUACAAUCUUCGUAGCUUGAUAUGGCAGGUAUGA